AUGUCUCGCCGAUCACAUUCCAGUCUAGCGCUUAAUGUUGAUGUGCUUGGUUCUUUCCAGCCAGCAAAGAGCCUUCUGUUCCACGACGACGCCUCCAUCACCAGUCUUGACUUUGAUAUUUCGGGCCAGUAUCUUGUUUCCGCAGGCGUGGACAAAUCUAUUCAAUUGUAUGAUUUCCAUAAAGGUGUGCGCCAUAAGGAUAUUCAGCUGCAGAAAUACGGUGCCCAUUUGGCACGCUUUACCAAUAACGAACUCAACUGUCUUUACGCGUCUACGCCCGUUAUUCACGAGGAGGCCGACCAUUCUAUCCGGUAUCUUUCGCUAGCCACAAAAAGCUACUUGCGCUAUUUCAAAGGCCACAAGGACCAGGUGUUGGCGUUGGAGGUAAAUCCAGUGACCGAUAUGUUUCUUUCUGCUUCGGCGGACCACACCGUCAAGACCUGGGACUUGCGCACGUCCCAACCCGCAGGCAAUAUUUCUGUAGGCGGCGUGGCGUGUGUGGCGUAUGACCCGCAUGGCAUCGUCUUUGCGGUGGCUGUGGGCCACUCCGUUUCGCUCUACGACGCUUCCAACUACGAACGCGGUGCCUUUGCCGUGGCAGACAUCCCUUCUUCUAACAAGGAACGCUACACUAAGCUAGAGUUUUCAAAUAACGGCCGCUACGUGCUUGUGGCCACAGACUCGUCGCAGCACUAUUUGCUUGACGCUUUUCUGGGUAAACUUGUGGCGCGGCUUUCGGUGACACAAGAACGGCAUGAAGCAUGGCUAGGUUUCGACUACGCGGCCGCAGGGUCAGCAUGCUUUACGCCUGAUGGAAAGUUUGUCCUUGCUGGUUCACCACAGGGCUAUGUAGCGAUCUUUGAUCUUGCGGGUGUUAAGACAAUAGGCGCAGACAAGACACUUCGGCCCCAGCGGAAAAUGGAUAGUGCUCUUGGGCCAAGUAAGCUUCUAGCCUUCAAUCCAAAACUCCUAUCGUUUGCCAGUGCUGAUAACAGAGUCAUUUUAUGGGCGCCUACUAUAGAAGAAGACUAA